CAACCACUCCCUCACACCCACCCGACGCCAUCACGCGCCCGUAUAUGAACCAGCAGCAGCCCGAUCCCCGUAUCCACAAUGACACCCCCAAAGCGCGCCCUCUUCUCGCUAAACCUCGAUUCCGACAUCGACCACCUCCGGCAGCGAAUCGAAGAGCGCAAUCUAGACGGCAGCGAGAAGCCCAAGAUCAUCGAAACGAGAGGGCACUCGGAUCUGAGUUUCGUAGGGAAGCCGAUUGAGAAUAUCGUGAACAAGGCCGUGGAUAGCGUGGUUGACGGGACGGGCAAGACGGUUCGCUCGGUCGACGGUGACAUCACGUAUUCGCAUAGUGAGACGCGGAAUAGCAACGGCAAGGCGGUCAAGGUCUCGAGCAGCAACUCGAAGAAAGGGAGGAGCAUCUGGGAGAAAUACGAUACCUCGGAGCUUUAGAGGCGCGCGGGGAACUAUACUCGAAUCACGUUGACCCGACUCGACUCGACUUCACAAUGCCUUCCGACCCCUCCCCCCUUCGCAUAGCAAUCGGGUGCGACGACGCGGGCAUCUCGUACAAAAACGCCAUCAAAGCCGACCUCGAGGCCUCGGCGCUCGUCUCCAGCAUAACAGACGUCGGCGUCGUCGAAUCGUCUGACAAAACAGCAUACCCGCACGUGGCCGUCGACGCGGCGAAACUCGUCGCAGACGGCAAGGCGGACAGGGCGCUGCUGAUCUGCGGCACGGGGCUGGGCGUCGCCAUCUCCGCGAACAAAGUGCCUGGUAUCCGGGCCGUGACGGCGCAUGAUAGUUUCAGCGUGGAGAGGGCGGUGCUGAGCAAUGAUGCGCAGGUGCUGUGUAUGGGCGAGAGGGUUGUGGGGAUUGAGUUGGCGAGACGGUUGGUUAAGGAGUGGUUGGGGUAUCGGUUUGAUAAGGGGGGCGCGAGUGCGAAGAAGGUGGAUGCUAUUAUGGAGCUGGAGAGGGCUAAUUAUGAGGGUUUGAGUCGCGAGAAGGAGGGCGCGAGGUGUUAGGGCGUGUAGUUGUUGGAUGAUAGGGAGAAAAGUCCAUGUUUCGUAAUCGUGAUUGAUGUUAUGGAUUGUAUGGCUUUUGUUCCACGUUUGUGUAGUCGUGUCCAUUGCUGCGUAACAAAGUGUAG